CACUUUUCAGACACUGCUAAUCUGUACGUGAGUGGCAUGGCAUCAAAUCACAGCACUUCUCCUCAAGAUGACCAUCUUCCUCAUUACCUCCAGGAUGAAGACCCUUUUGCAUCAAAACUCUCUAGGGAAGCUGACAUAGUAGCUGGAUUUUAUUUAACAGUAAUUGGGGUUCUUUCAACUUUUGGGAAUGGCUAUGUUCUUUAUAUGUCCUUGAAACGGAAGAAGAAGCUCAGACCUGCUGAGAUAAUGACUGUCAAUUUAGCCGUGUGUGACUUGGGGAUUUCAGUUGUAGGAAAACCAUUUAGUAUAAUUUCCUUCUUCUCUCACCGAUGGGUGUUUGGCUGGCUGGGCUGCCGUUGGUAUGGAUGGGCUGGCUUCUUCUUUGGCUGUGGGAGCCUUAUCACCAUGACAGCUGUCAGCCUGGAUAGAUACCUGAAAAUUUGUCAUUUAACUUACGGUACCUGGCUUAAGAGACAUCAUGCCUUUGUCUGCCUGGCAGUAAUCUGGGCCUACGCUACGUUUUGGGCUACGGUGCCAUUUGCUGGUUUGGGGAACUAUGCUCCCGAGCCAUUUGGAACCUCGUGCACUCUGGAUUGGUGGCUGGCUCAGGCUUCAGUGGCCGGACAGGCAUUUAUUCUGAAUAUUCUCUUCUUUUGCCUCUUGCUCCCAACUGCAGUGAUUGUGUUUUCCUAUGUUAAAAUCAUUGCCAAAGUCAAGUCGUCCGCCAAAGAAGUUGCUCAUUAUGACACCAGGAUUCAAAACAAUCACGUCCUGGAAAUUAAAUUGACCAAGGUGGCAAUGUUGAUCUGUGCAGGAUUUCUAAUCGCCUGGAUCCCAUAUGCCGUGGUAUCAGUGUGGUCAGCUUUUGGACAGCCAGACUCAGUGCCCAUUCAAGUUUCAGUCAUCCCAACCUUGCUUGCAAAAUCGGCAGCUAUGUACAACCCAAUUAUUUACCAGGUCAUUGACUGUAAAUUUUCCUGUUGCCGCUCCUUGCAGAAGAAGAGCUCUUUGAAGAAAGCCAGGCUGUAUACGAUAUCUGGAAAUAGAGAGCCAACAGCAAUGAACGAAACCCACCUGGAGGUGUGA